AUGAGUAAAAGUGAAAAGGACUGUUUGUUGAGAUUAAGUUUGAGAACACCUUUUAUUAACUUUUAUUCAAUGACACAGCCUUCCUCAAAGAAAGUUGCUCCAGCUCCAUUUGCUACCAAGUCUAGCAAAACUACUGCAGUUAAGAAUCCUUUACUUGACUCGACGCCAAAAAACUUUGGUAUUGGACAAUCAAUACAACCAAAGAGAAACUUGUCAAGGUUUGUCAAAUGGCCCGAGUACGUCAGAUUGCAGAGACAAAAGAAGAUUUUGUCUUUGAGGUUGAAGGUUCCUCCCUCGAUUGCACAAUUUAACUACACUCUCGACAAAAACACUGCUGCACAAGCUUUCAAAUUGUUCAACAGGUACAAACCAGAAACUGCUGCUGAAAAGAAAGAAAGAUUGACCAAGGAAGCUGCUGCUGUUGCUGAAGGUAAAUCUGCCAAGGAUGCUUCACCAAAGCCAGUUGUCGUCAAGUACGGUUUGAACCACGUUGUCUCCCUUAUUGAAAACAAGAAAGCCAAGUUGGUUCUUAUUGCCAACGAUGUUGACCCAAUCGAAUUGGUGAUCUUUUUACCAGCUUUAUGUAAGAAGAUGGGUGUCCCAUACGCUAUUGUCAAGGGUAAGGCUAGAUUGGGAACUUUGGUUCACAAAAAAUCCUCAUCAGUUGCCGCUUUGACCGAAGUUUCAUCUGCUGAUGAAGCUGAAUUAUCAAAAUUGGUUUCAACUAUUGAUGCUAACUACUUGCAAAAAUACGACGAGAAUAAAAAACACUGGGGUGGUGGUAUCAUGGGAUCCAAGGCCAACGAUAAGCUUGAGAAGAAAGCCAAAGCUAUUGCUGCUGCUGCUGGGAUGGCUAAAAGUAAGAACCACACCAACCACAACCAAAACAAGAAGGCCCACAAGAACGGUAUUAAGAAGCCAAAGACUUACAAGUACCCAUCAUUGAAAGGUGUUGACGCUAAAUUCAGAAGAAACCACAGAUAUGCUUUGCACGGUACUGCUAAAGCUUUGGCUAAGGCAAAAGCUGAGAACUAG